AUCUCGACGAAUCUGUGUGCGUCUUCCUCAAUCUUUGACGAGAAAGGAGGAAAGGAAAUCCCGAUUCCUUAUCCGAAAGAAAUCCGCCCCUCUAUUUCUGCCUCCUUACCAGCGGCCGGUCAUCUCUCUCCCCCACGCAUUUGCUAACGUGUACCACGGUGCGCACUCCACCAAUGCCGCGCCCUGCUCUUCUCUCCACUCCCCCUUCCGCCCCUCUCUUCUUCCCUCCUCUAAAACCCAAACCCCCAUCUCUCUCCUUCUUCCCCACUCCAUCUCCCUACCCGACUCGCCUCACCCGCCCCCGACUCCGCCUCCGGGUCCGAUCCGCCGUCGCCAUCGAGAAAGAGACCCCCGAGAACGAACGGCCCGAAACCUUCCUUCGGCAAUCGGACGAUGCCGCUACCUCCUCCUCGUCUUCCUCUUCGGUCCGUGGCCGGUUCGAGAAGAUGAUCAGGGAGGCGCAGGAUAGUGUGUGCGCCGCGAUUGAGGCCGUCGACGGGGGAAAGUUCACGGAGGACGUGUGGUCGCGGCCCGGCGGGGGUGGCGGCAUCAGCAGGGUAUUGCAGGAUGGAAGUGUGUGGGAGAAGGCUGGGGUGAAUGUGUCGGUCGUGUAUGGGGUAAUGCCGCCGGAGGCGUAUAGGGCUGCCAAAGGCGAGAGCUCUGUAGGUAAUUCUGACACCAAAGCCGGGCCCGUCCCGUUCUUCGCUGCUGGAAUCAGCUCGGUUUUACAUCCAAAAAAUCCAUUUGCCCCAACACUACAUUUCAACUAUCGAUACUUUGAAACUGAUGCUCCAAAAGAUGUUCCUGGAGCACCUAGGCAAUGGUGGUUUGGUGGUGGCACUGAUUUGACUCCCGCCUAUAUCUGUGAGGAGGAUGUCAAGCAUUUUCAUACGGCUCAAAAACAUGCUUGCGACAAAUUCGAUCCCAGUUUCUAUCCCAGAUUCAAAAAGUGGUGUGAUGAUUAUUUCUUUAUUAAGCACCGUGGUGAAAGGCGUGGGCUUGGUGGAAUAUUUUUUGAUGAUCUCAAUGACUAUGAUCAAGAGAUGCUUCUUGCCUUCUCCACUGAAUGCACAAAGUCUGUGAUUCCAGCAUACAUACCCCUGAUAGAGCGACGGAAGGACACACCGUUCACAGAACAACAUAAAGCAUGGCAGCAAUUACGAAGGGGACGCUAUGUAGAAUUCAACUUGGUGUAUGAUCGCGGUACAACAUUUGGACUGAAGACCGGAGGCCGGAUCGAGAGCAUUCUUGUUUCUCUUCCACUGAUGGCCCGAUGGGAAUACGACCAUCAACCGGAAGAAGGGAGUGAGGAAUGGAAACUUCUAGAUGCAUGCAUCAACCCGAAGGAAUGGAUAUGAAAUGUCAAUAAAACCGCUGUUUGUUUUAUCAUUAGGGGGUUGUGCUCUUCCUGUUUUGCAGCUGAGAGUUGAAGCUUGCCUCUUAAAAUGACAAGAGUAGGCCUGCUUACUAGGAAAAAUCUCUGAAUGUAGUUCUUUGUUAGAGAGUAAUGUUGUUAUAUUUUAUGAUUUAGGUUGGUUGUAUUUAUAUUCCUUCUAAAUAAAACUUUCCAAUUCAAGGUGGAAAAUUUCUUAC